GGCUCUGCUGGACGGAAGCACAACAUCCAGUCUUCCCUCCUCCUUCUCCUCUCUUACCCGGAGCGAUAACACCGCAAAUGGUUGCCAUGACUGGCGGACUCUCGACACCAUCUCUUUGUUGCUAACCUGACCUCUUCUUCCCCCCUCCUCCUUCUCUCCCAUCUGUGGUGGCACAGGUCAUGUCGUGCAACAUGGCAGCCUUGCAUUCAUCAAGGACAAUGUUGUCGUCACUCUUCCUGAGCCUGGUGCUUCUCGUACUGCCCGGUACCGACGCUCUACAGGUCACACCAGGAUCUUCAUGUUCGUCCUUUUGUGGAGACGCGUCGUCGACAAACUCGACCGAUAUUGUAUGCAGCGAUUUUGACUACUACUCAUCCGCGACUGGUUCCACGUUCAUGAACUGCAUCGAGUGCCUGGAGACCAGCAACGUAACUAGCGGCUCCGAUAGCGACGUUGCGUGGUUGUUUUACAACCUCCGCUACGCCUCUUCAGUGUGCAUUUAUGACUUCCCAAAUCACAACAUCAGUAAUUCUUCAUCGUCAUCGUCAGAAGAGUCAUGCGAUCUGCAAUACGCCUGUGCGCCGCUACAAGAAGCCCUCGAGUACGGCAACCUGAAUCCUUCUAAUGGGACCGAUUAUGGCUACUGCCAGGCCGAUGGCGGCGCCUUUUAUGGCACGGCUAUCGACGAUUGCGUAAGCUGCCUGCAGGCGAGCCCGUCGACAUACACGGCGAAUUUUCUCCUCGCCCUUCAAGCCGGCUGCCAGCAGCAACCCAAGGCAGGGACCACCCUCUCCAUCACGGGCUCCCUCUUCUCCACGACAGCUAUCAACAUCACAGAUACUUCAAACUCGAGCUCAACCACCUCCUCCACAUCAUCGAACAAGUCUACCCUUUCCCUCAACAGGAUAAUCGCCAUCGUCUGCUCCCUGGGCGGCUUAUUCUUCCUCGCCAUCGGGCUUUUCAUCCUGUACUGCUGCCGGCAGCGUCGUUACGCACGGGAAGAUGCGCAGCUCCUCGGGAAUGACGGCUAUCCGUCCCACCAGCAGCACUUCUACUACGGCAAGGACAGGCAGGGCUCCGUCUCCACCGCGCAGACUUACGUUAUGCCUCCUUACACGAUGGAUCACAAGUCAAAAGUCGCUCCCACUUUCCCUCUGGGCUC